GUGUCUAUGUAGAAGUAUUUAUUGAACAAUAUAUAUAUAUAUAAAUAUUCGGUUCUCAAGAGCACGAGUGUGUAAAAAACCGCGACAAGUUGUGUGAAACGGUUAUAUAUAACUAUAUAUAAAAGCGAAUCUUUGAAAUAAUGGUUGCCGACACGGAUCCAAAGAUCUUCAGAUUGUCGCAGAGCAAACCGCUGCUUAUGAUGAUGCUGAUGCAGUCGCUGGAGGAACAGGUGCAGGCCGACGAGGACAUGGACUCAAAUGUGCCGACUGUUACCAUGCCGCCGGCCGAUCUGGACAUAGUGGAUCCCCUCUCUCAAGGGCAAAUUGAGACGACUAUCGAGAUAAUGGAGAUCACCGACGAAUGUGACGACCUCAACACAAUGGAAGUGGCCGAGGAAUGUCAAGUCGAUGAAUAUCACGAAGACGAUUCCAUGAUGAUGGAAGGCGAUCACAACAACACCAGCUACAAGUGUCAUGACUAAGCUCAUGAUUGCCAGUGGGGGGAUUGGGAUUGGGGGAGUUUACGAACGCAUCAAUUCCAGCAACGUUUCUUAGUCAGGAAUUUAGAAUUUAGCAUUAAGAAUUUAUAAUUGAGAAUUUACAACAUUAAAAUGCCCAUUAAGCAUACUCUGCGACACGCGUUCCAAUGCUAAAACUUGAAACGGAACACUCGGAUCUGGCCGCUCCGCUGGGUAUAGGCACCACCACUGAUGGAUGCCCCUGGCGCUGCACCAGCGCAUGAUGCCGUCGGGCGCUGGUAUUGCUGUCCAGCAGUCUUUAGAAUUGGCCAGAAUGUAUGCGUAGAUCAUAUUGAAGAAGUUCUCAAUUCGAAACAGCAGCGGC